ACAUCAUUAUGUUUUUUCGUGAACUCACUCUCUCAGCUUUAAGGUCAGUUCCCAUGGCUUUUGUCUCUCCUUUUCUCCAUAUUUUCCAUUUUUUUCUCUCUUUCCCAUAGCUUUUUUCUAGAUCAGAAUCUACCCACUUUAAAAGUAGAUUAUUUUCUGGAUUUGGGAUUAUUUUCUAUUGGUCUCUAGAGUUUUGAAAGUAGGAAUUGUUUGGCUACAAUCCACUGAAUUUUUUAAGGUUUUGAAAAAGGUUGAGGCUUAUAUAAAGAAAUCCCAAUUUUCUGAAUCAGAAAUUUGUUAAGAAAAAUGGAGAACAAUCUUGGAUUUGUCAAAGGGGAUGAUCAAUUGGAUUUGCCUGCUGGGUUUCGAUUUCAUCCCACAGACGAAGAAUUAAUUACUCAUUAUUUGUCGAAGAAAGUUGCUGAUAGCAAUUUCUCUGCUAUAGCUAUUGGAGAGGUGGAUAUGAACAAAAUUGAGCCAUGGGAAUUGCCAUGGAAAGCGAAAAUCGGAGAAAAAGAGUGGUACUUUUUCUGUAUGAGGGAUAAGAAAUAUCCCUCUGGUCUGAGGACAAACCGGGCCACUUCUGCAGGAUACUGGAAGGCCACAGGAAAGGAUAGAGAAAUUUUCCGAGGAAAAACUCUAGUUGGAAUGAAGAAAACUUUGGUUUUUUACGAAGGGAGAGCCCCGAAAGGCCAAAAAUCCAACUGGGUUGCCCAUGAAUACAGAUUGGAAGGAAAAAUCUCUGUUCUUAACCAGCCAAAAUCAGUCAAGAAUGAUUGGGUUAUUUGCAGGGUAUUUCACAAGACGACUGGCGGGAAAAAAGUGCACAUAUCUGGGCUAAUGAGAAUGAAUUCUGUCCCUUCAACAUUGCCACCACUAAUGGAUUAUUCGCCGUACAAUUGUACAACGAAUCCCGAUGUUUCAAAAUCGAGUCACGUGCACUGCUUCUCCAAUCCGAUCCAAGAAGAGCUAGUCACUUGUUUCAGCGACUCCACUUUCACUUCGACUCCAACUCCUCUCGAUACUUUUCCUCAUACUUCAGUUCCCAACUCCUUUUCGUGGAAACAAUUUUCUCCGAUCCCGGGAGGAGUUCAGUUCCAGGACUCAUUCCCAUUGCAAGAUUCCUCGUUUCUUCGAACAUAUCUCGGACAUUAUGGUCCAAACAUGAAUCAAAACUGCUGAUAUGAACACUGAAAACUCCUCUAUUGUGUCAAAUCAUGAAGAAAAAGUCUCCAUCAACUUGAGUUAGAGAAAUUUCAUGAAAUUAAGGAAAAAAAAUUGAGAAUAAUUAGAGCUUAUGUACUGUUAACUGUAAAAAUGAAUGUGUGUAUAGAAUCAUAAGUAUUUUACUUCUAUAAGUGAACUGAAGAUUAUUAUGUAAUAAAGUGAACUUAAUUUUUGUUA